GGCAAUUUUCCUGGCAUAUCAAGAUCCUGGCUUCCAUCUUCCUUUAUUCCUUCCAGCGCUAUCAUUGACCAUACCGGCAACAAUUGGAAUUAUUCUAAAUUCAAGUGUUUGUUAUAUUACAUGGAAAUAUUGGGGCAAAUAUACAACAUUCAAAUCCAAAACGAGUAUUUUAUUAGCAAUUAACUCAUUAUUGGAAAUUGGUCAUCAAAGUGGACAUCUUGUCUUCUUUUUUAUAUCUUUGACUGGAAUAAAUUUUAUACCAGUCUCUUUGGCGAUUAAAAUUCAGGGUCAUUCUAUUGUUUGUGAUAAUAUUGUUAUCAUAAUGUUUUUCACUAUGAGCGUUGAGAGAGUUAUCGCAGUUGCAUUUCCAAUUUUUUAUGCCAAUAUGAAUUUUCGUUUCUACAUAUUCUUACAUAUAUUGCCAAUUUUUACUCUUUCCGCAUUUAUUCUUUAUCAAAUGCUGUCACAAAUUGUAGCACAUCCAGACCUUCCUGUAACCGGCAAUCUUGCAGAUAUUUUUGGAUUAUCCUCAAUUAUUGAUAGUAGAUUAAUUUAUGGACCUCUUUUGUUAGCUUCAAUUUUGCUUCAUAUAAUUGUCGGAUUUUUGGUUAAAUAUAAAGGAGGUUUGACUUUAUUAAUGAUGAUUAGGGAACGGAUUAAUAUGGACUAUCAAUCGGAAAAUAUGGACAUAUAA